AUGAACAGAACUCGCCCCCUCCUCGCCCUCCUCUCCCUCCUCUUCCUCGCCAUCUCCCUCGUCCUCCUCUGGUUCGUCAUCCUCUCCGGCAUCACCCGGACCUCGCCCCUACGACAGACCUACUUCCUCCGCGCCGACACCAGCGGCAUCAGCGGCGCCCGCGCCGUCUCGCAAUGGACCUACUUCAAGGUGUGCGGCCUCAACAACCAGGACUGCGGCCCUGCCCGUCCUGCUCUGCCCCUCGGUGAUGCCUGGGACAGCAACCCUUCUGGUGCGCCCGCUGCUCUGACCGGCAAGUAUGGCGGACACACGACUAGCCACUACUUUUGGUACAUGUGGCGUUUCGGCUGGGUGUUCUUCCUGCUUGCGCUCUUCUUUGAGACUUUGGCUUUCUUCUCGGGCUUCUUGGCUUGCUUGGGACGCGUGGGCGCUGCGGUGUCGGGAAUGAUUGCUUCGUUGGCGUUGGUGAUGUUGAGUGUGGCUGUUGCUUUGAUGACCGCCACCUUCGUCAAAAUGCGCAACCACUUCAACCGCGACGGCCGCGACGCCCACCUGGGCCGCUACGCCUUCGGCUUCUCCUGGGGCGCCUGGGCCGCCUUGGCCAUCAGCACCGUGCUCUUCCUCCUAGCCAUGCUCCAGCGCGACAAGAACCACUAUAACAACCGCCGCUCCACUUAUGCCACCAACGGUCACGAUCACGUUGUCGCCGACGGCCCCGUGACGGGAACCGGUGGAAGAAAACGCGGCGUUUUCAACUGGGGCCGCCGCAGUGGCAAGUCCUUCGAUGGACGGAGGGUUAAGGAUGAUUACUAA